AUGUUAUUUCAAAAUAUAUUUGUUAUCUUUACUAUAGUAUCAUUAUCCAUAUUUUCAUCGAUUGGAAAUGGUGAAACAAUAUCACAAGUAAAUGUAACAUCGUCAAGUAUUUGUUAUGAAAUGGUUUAUCCACCAGAUGAUAAUCCAAUUUGGUCUCAAGGAUUAGACAUGAAUUUAGAUAUGGUACAAUUAUGUGCUGAUGUUGUUGCUUAUAAAUUACGAUGGUCAACAACAUUAGAUUCUGAUUGGUAUGUUACAGGUAUUAAUGAUAUUAAUCCAAUACUUCAUCCAGAAUAUGGUUUACGUAGAAUGUGGUCAUAUUUUCAAACACAUUAUCACACAUGUGUUAUAUGUAAAUCAAAUAAAUAUAAAAUCAAUUCUAAUGAUACGAAAUGUUGA